AUGGAUGCCUUUUUUGAUGGAUUUGUACAUUCAAGGACUACAUUAAAAGAAUUCAUCGAUCAAUUUGACAAUGCACUGAGGAAGAAAGUAGAGAACGAAAUGGCAGCGAACUUUCACUCAUUCAAUUGUAUAGUCCCAUGUAUAUCCCAUUUACCUGUGGAGAAGAAAUUUCAAGAAGUGUACACGAAUUCUAAAUUUAAGGAAGUACAAACAGAAGCAUACUUCAAUGAAGAUGAGUGCGAGGCGAAGUGCAUGUUUGGACUAUUUGAGAUGAGAGGAAUUGUAUGUAGGCACAUUCUUUCAAUUUUUACCGCAAGGGAUGUCCGAGAGUUGCCGGAAAAGUAUAUUAUGGAUAGGUGGAUGAAGGACAUUAAACGUAGAUAUACUUUGGUUCGAAGCAGCUACGAUGACUUGAGUAGUAAACUAGUGACAUGUAGGUACUCUAGUGUAAUAAAACUAUGCUAUCAAGUAGCUACAAAUGCAACUGAAAUCGAAGAUAAUUCCAUAGACAUGACACAGAAGUUACAGACAAUGAAUGAAAUUUACACUAAAUCAAUACUCCAUGCCACAGUUGCAAGUACUCAUACUUCCAUUGAUGCCGAAACUGGAAGUUCGAAGAAAGUGCUAAGUCCUCGAGUUGUUAGAGCAAAAGAGAGGCCCCCAUCGAAGAGGAAACAACCUACAAUAGAGAAGUUACAAACCAAAAUCAAAAAGGCCGGAGGGAAGUGA